GCGUGUUCGUGCGACUCGUUAUGAAACAACACACAGUUUCAUGAAAACACUGUUUCUCCGGCGGAAAACAUAAAACCACAAGGCAACAAAAUGUCCAUUAAGGUGGGAGGUGCAUUCCGGCGAUCGGGCGGUAUUGUGUCGGCGAUCGGCAAACAGCUGAAGCUUGUGAACCUGAAAGCGGUACAGCGGAUCACCGUAUCCUUCGAUCCAUUCCACGAGAGCGCCGUGCCGACGAGGGAGUUUUUGCACCACCUUUCGGCACCGAAAAUUACACAAACCAACCCGACCUGUGUGCUGAAGACGGAGGUGUUCUGUGACCGGCGAGCUCCCUCGAUAGUCUUCCAGCUAAUACCAUCGGUACAAGCCGAGGCUAAGUUAAAAAAGAUCGAACUAAGCAGCGAAAACUUGUCCACUCUCGAGCUGCUAAAGCUGUGCAAUCGGCACGUGAGCGCCCUCGCACCGAAGGAAAUCGUGACGAGCGCCGUGAAGACCAAGUCGGAGAAGAAGGCGGUCGGUGGAGCGGGUGGUAAGCGGCGUUAGUUCCGAGUGGCGAGCGGCCAAAAGACCAACAGCAGCAGAGCAACCUAGCCAUGUCACACAAGAAGCUGGGCAAGGGUGGAGGCCAUAUGGCCAUCAUCGAGAACUGGUAUCACCAGAUACCGGCCUUCACCGAUGUGUUCACCGAGGAGAGCUUCUACAUGUUUGCCGUCUGCUUCGUCCUCGCUACGAUCGCCGUCGUGCUAGUGCUGUCGCGGUUCAUCACCCUGAAGCCGGUGGAUUAGUUUUUACUACGAGAGCCCGUUGUCUGCCCCGGGUGCUAUAUGCUUGUGUUUGCCGAGAAGGAGACGGACUGGUUAUGUUCAAUAAAACAUUUAAAUUGAACUGAACCCACACGUAAGGUUUAGAUCGGUA